AUUUUCGUAGAAUGCUUGAUUGGCUCCGUGCGAAUGACAGUUCGAUUGGCUCCCGUCAUUCUCUUUGCCAGACUAUAUGAAAUUAUAGUGUCUAUAGAACAUCGUAUGAAAAAUGAAAGAAUUUCAUAAGACUCUUAUGAAAAAUUAGUUUGGACGCAAAAAAGUGGUUCAUAAGAUGUAUCUUAUGAAAUUUAUAAUAAGGUUUCCUCUGAGUGCACGAAUUGUUGUGAUUCAUGUUUAAAGGAAAGUUACGGUAAAAUAUCUAAAAUAUGGAUUUAACCAGUUUACCCGUGGAAAUUCUUGAAGAAAUUUUCUCCAAACUAAACCACCGAAGCCUCCUCGAAGCGUCGCUAGUAUGUCACUAUUGGAAACUUGUCGUGGAACCGUUGAUUGCUCGGCGUAGCUGUCUGAACAUAAACCUGAAAAUGCUGGACCAUUUGGAGGUGCUGAAAGACAGCAUCAGGAAGUACCAAUCGGUGUUGAUCGUCAAUGGUCAAAACGAUUAUUGGGAUAAGAUCCGUGAAAUAUUGAACCUGUUGUAUCACAGGAUCAAACCACGGUACCUGCGUAUCCGGGGAGUCCUCAGCGAUCAACUUUAUCGAUUCUACAGCGAUUACGGAGCCUGGUUCGACGAGCUGGAAUCGAUAAAUGUAGGAAUGGAUGAUCGUUUCACUAGUUAUUCAUCUGAGACGGAGGACGAAAAUUUCCAUUUGUUUCUACCCAAGCUCAAAACUCUUACUUGGUACGAAUGUCUAUAUGGUACUCUCCAUACGGGUGAAAAAUCGGUAACUGUAGAAGCCCCGAAUCUGGAGGUAGUGGACAUUGACGACAGCCUUGAUCCAGCAGCCGUGCUGAAGAUACCAUACUGUAAAAAACUGAAACGGAUUGGAUGCCUGUUUUACACCAAAAUGUUCCGGAAUACGUUCAUUGACGAUGAGUUUGCUCAUCUGCAACAUUUAACUGUAAGCUGCGCUUAUACCAAUGAUGAUUUAUCAUUUCUUGAACGAAUGGAUAACUUACGGACCUUAGAACUCACUUGCAGCCAAAGUGGACUCCGAGUGAUAGAGCGUUUAAAAUCCUUGAAUCAUUUAAGAGCGUUGCAAAUAAGCAUACACGAUCAAAGCUUGGAGCGUGUUUCGUUGAAUUUAACAAGACUUUGUAGCUUGGCGACAAAGAUUGAAAGGAUUGAAUUUAUCAAUUUUGAAAUUAGAACAUUUGGAACGGUGAUUGCUGAACAGUUGUGCUCGUUGAAAUUCAAGGAAGUCAAAAUCAUAGAACAAGAUUUCACUUUAUUUGCACCAAAAUUGAAAGUUUUAUCUAUACCAUUAAGCAUUCUCGCCACAACGCACAUCGUAAACAACGAACGAUUGUCGGAGUUUUACCUAGACUUGGAAUCCACUUACUUGGAUACUGCUUUCCAAAACUAUUUGAGUCCGUUCUUACAGCAACAUGCAACCGUUGCGGCUCUCAUACUUAGAAAUCCUUGUAGAAACGAUCAAAAUAUCUCUCAAUUCAAAGUACGUUGCGAAAUACCAAGGGCCAUCGAAAGAUUAGAGCUGCGUAAGGUAGCGCUGGAUCUGGACUUUUUCCGCUACAUUUCUCACUGGUAUUCGUUGAAGCAUCUAUCACUGGACCGCGUUACCAUAGACUGCGGCAGGAAUGCCGAACAAGUGGUAGACCUUCCCUGCGUGACCUCGAUAAAUGUUUACUCCGGUACCCUGGUGGGAAUUGAACGUGAACAUUUUCCCCUCCGGAUAGGUUGUCCUGAAUCGGGCGUUCUGUUCGAGCGCCAUGGAGAUUAUUUUCACACGAUGGAUUCUGAGUACGCGUUGGCUGGCGACGGAUACGAUUAGACGGAAACGGAGAUCAACUUUUGUAAGUUAAAUAAAAUUGGUUACCAUGAAAAUAUGAUUAGCUAUAUUUUAGAUGAUGCGGCUGUGAAUCUUCGGAUUAUGGUGAAAAAUUGUCAGAAUGCCGUAUUGAUUAAAAAAAUUAAAUCACUUUCAGAUAGGAAAUAACCAAAUUUUUCAUUUCAAACAAAUCAACGAAUUCCAAAGCUUUAAAAAUACUUAAAUACCACUGAAACAUGUUGUUCUAAAUAAACACUUCAGAAUACUUUCCUCAAACGGCAAACUAAUGAACGAGAUACGUUACGUAAUCUUCCUGACUUUUGAUAUUCAAAUCAUCCCACGUUUCGGUGCUAAACACAUUUCCCUCGGCCAAUGACAGGCCCCGCUGAGCGCCUGUGGGAUACAAUAUCGGGAAGUUGAUGACCUGCUUCGGAAGCAUAACGUUUUUCAUGUAGAAGUAUUGCACUUCGUUGAAGGCGAACUGUCGAUCAUCCGUAGAAACCGCCAGGGUUCCGUCCUGUAGGAUUAAAGUCUGGAAAGAGAUUUAUGAUAAUGAAAAACUAUUCUUUUUUGCAAUGUGAACGUGUGCUUUUUACCAUAAGACGUCUGGCUUUGUUGAUGCCUUCCAGGAAGUUGUAAUCCAAGUCGAAGUUUCUCAUGUGCAGGUAGUUCAGAUCUACAAAGGCCAUCGCAAGGAAGUGACCGCUUAUGUUAAUCGGUGCGCGUUUGUUGUGCAAAACGAUUGUCAAACGAAACAGUCUGGGAAACUGGAGAAGACAUUCGGCUAGCAUGGGAUUAGCAUCGUCACAGGGUACAUCCAGAUACAGAAUCAUGAGUGACGAGAAUUGUCGAGGUUGUCGGAAGUUGAGAUAUAAAUCGUACAGAAUCAAACACCGUACGACUGAGUAAUCAGUCAGGAUGAAAGAGUUAACGUUGAGACUGGUACCCUUUAAAGUCAUAAGAUUUCUGGCAUUGAUGGUGGGCAUGUCGGAACAAAUCGUAUCGUUGAGAUCCAUGGUUUGAAGAGAUGGAAAGGUUAUGCUGGUUUCGCUUGAUCUCACUUUGAUUUCAAACAAACGCAAAAUUCGUAAUUUUGGUAAACUGUGAGCGACAACUGUUAAAUCUAUCACGUUGCUUGUUUCGGUUUGGAUGACUAGCAUUUCCAGGUUCCGGAAGUUACGGAGGAAUAAAGUUGAGUUGCUGUUUACGGAACAUCCACAAAGUUCUAAAGUCUGUAACCUCGGCAAAUUGAAUCGAUCAAUGUUCCACUCGAAAGGCGACGAAGAGUUGUAAACCCUAAGGCAAGUAGCCGACUCUAACCCAUUCGGGCACAAGCCUUCGAUUAAGCGUGGUACAAACAGGCCAAGCGACUUAAGUCUACUAGUGUUUUCUAGAAUCAGAGGCGUACGAUCUAGAUCUCCGUGCUCUAUAUAAACGUCUUCCAGGAGAGGAGCCCUAAUUCUGAACACAGGCAUUUGCCGGUUUCCACUGUCCGUGUUGAAAGUCCACGACAGGAUACGUAAACGAGGUAACUCCAGCUCAACGUCAUCUCCGAAAGUAUUGAUUUGAUUGAUCGAGGUUAUCGAGAGGUGUACAAGGCUGCGCAACCACAAUCGAUGUUCAUCUACGAACGUCAUAAUUGCAUAGGUUUGUAUGCCGUCCAGAAUAAGCUUCCGGAGAAAGAACUUUUUGGCGCAUAAUGCCAAUUUAGCGCGCAACGCCUCAUAGGACUCGCUAAACUCGAUCGAAAAACAGCAAUAUCCUCGUGACGUUCGUUGAAGUAUUCGUUCGCUGAUCACCGACUCUCCAUAGGCUAGAAUCAGUAUACCCAAAAAUGGAAACCAUUACUGCACCGUGUAAGGGAGCAAGAAAAACUUUCGGACACUUUCUCUCGAAUGAAAACCAUCGAUGGCUGAUGAAGCUGAUGAAUGAACUUUUUUUAAAUAUCUGACAGCCAGCAGCAGAGCCCGCAGAGCCGGAGCCAAGGUGAGUAUAUAUUCAGGAGGUGUUCCCGAAUAACGAAUUCCCGAUUCAGCUAUUUUGGCUAUGUAGGCUAUGCAACUAUACGGAACUCAUGAAGUUUGUUUACCAACAAACCCCAGAAAAGCUGAGCAAAAAAUAAACAAACUCAUUGAGAGCCCCGCUCACUCCUCGCCUACUUACUGUGAAAGUCGGAGAACCUAGUGUAUCUAAGAACCUUGGCCGGAGCCCAAACCCGAAAAAAAAAACCUUCGGACAUCGCAGUGAUUUUUUGGAUGACGUGACAAGCGAUUCAAACAUCGCGCAGUGAAAUUCAGUGAAAUCGGGAUUCUUUUUCUCUGCUCCGAAGAAGGAAAGGACAGAAAUUGUUUCGUUUUUUCCAAUAUCCCGUUGGCCAGGAGUGAAGGAUCGCGUCUAGCCGUUCAGAUUACUGGUCUACCGUAUUCGAUAAGGCUAGAAUUCUUUGAAUCAAUGCAAUCGUGAUAGCAAAAACGCCAGGAACACGAUUUUUUUGAAGAUUUGAAUGGACAGCAUCCCAUUCACGUAAACUGGCGAAGAAGCUGCUGGACCAGUUUUUUUCUUCUAUCUACCCCAUAGCCACACUCUUGUAAAGUAACAAGGGUGUGAUCGAAGGUGCGACUCUUUAAAGGGUUGUACACUGGGAUUG